CUCUUGUCCAUGUGAGACUUCGAUUCAGGUGACAUCGACAAUCUGUCUGAAGUCACCCUACUGCGGUAGUUCUUCAAGCUUCCACGCCCCGACUGGUCUCUUCGUUUAUCAGACCAGUUCUGUCUCGUUUUUGGAAGCCGAAGAUAGUUUUCGCCCGAUGAUUGUGGAUUGCGCCACAACGGUACUGCGAGCCUGCGCCACCAGUUGAAGGUAUUUAAGGAACGCUUCUGGUCUGCGCGCUGCCAUCUUUUGUCCCCUUGCCCGAACAUCGCAGAGUGCAACGGCACAAGAGUUAGAGCCGAGCGAGAGUUCAGUGAUAAACAAAGCGACGAAGCCGGGAUGGACUGGAUGGACUGCAGCAUUUGCCGUCGUCCGCACCACGAGGAGAGACUGCCGUUCCUUUGUCCAAUGGAUGCGAGGAACGUCCUGUAUGGGAGCCGAGUCGAGUAUGCCCGAGCGCUGCUCGAGAAUGAGGAUGCAGAGCGCCGGGUGGAAGCCGCCUUGGCAAGUCAGGAGAAAGUAGCUCAGGAUCAGAAGGCCGAGUCGAGGGUCCAUUUCGACUGGCUGAGAGCUGAAGAGGCGGCUGCCGUAGACCGAACGAGCCAGAUCAUUGCGCAGGCCGACCGGUUAAGGCAGGAGAUUCAGGCGGCGCAGCAGGAGAUUGCGGCGAAGAAGGAUGCCAUGGCUCGGAAGAGAUCGGAUCUGGCGUCGGUCUCGGCUGGUACUCGGGUUCGAUGGAACAGGCAGUUGGACGAGGCUCAGCGAUCCACGCAGAGACUGAAGUACAAGUGGAAUCGCAGCGCCGACAGCAUGGCUGACACCAGGGCUUUCUUGUGCGAGGGAUCCGCCAGGUUGUAUGGUCUUCGUCAACUCAGGAAGGGCAGCGUCAAGCGGUAUGAGAUCGGCGGGGUUGAGAUUUUUGACCUUCACGCCAUGAACAGUUUGUCGCCGGAGGUGAUUUCGACGUCCUUUGCGCACAUUGCUCAUAUUCUGGUGCUGGCCUCGCAUUAUCUGGGCAUUCGGUUGCCCGCAGAGAUCACAAAUCCCCAUGCCGACUACCCGCGACCGACGAUCUUCUCGCUUGCGUCAUCGUACAAGCAUGGAGCAGUGCCUUUCCCGGGGUCGCUGGCGUCGCAACUCGCGCCUGUGGCGGAUGAUGGGGAGCAGAGACAUGUGCCGCGGCCUCGUCCGUUGUUUAUCGACAAGGCGCUUCCGGCGCUGGCCAAGGAAGAUCCGUCCGGCUAUGCGCUGUUCUUGGAAGGGGCGUCUCUGCUGGCGUAUGAUAUCGCUUGGGCGUGCUGCUCGCAAGGCGUGUGGUUUGGCGACAAGGACCCGUAUGAGGACAUGUGCAAUAUCGGCCAGAAUCUGUGGCGGCUUCUCAUCGGGGAUCAGCUCCACCGUCGAUCUGUCGAGCCGACAUUUUCCUCUUCGCUCACGCCGCCGAUUGCGGGAAGUCCGAAAGAUGAGGAUCACGGCGAGAUCACCAAGCCGAAGUCGACAAUGGGUCGCUGGUCGCACGCAACGCUGCACAGCUUUCUUGGGGGUGCCGAGGGAACGGAGUUCGUGCGCAACUUCAGGAUUCUGUCUCCUCUGAAGCUGGCGGAUCGGCUGAAGACGCGGCUGUCGAGCGAGGCCCCGAUGCUGGAAUGGGAGAAGAUCGAGGGCGACGAGAUAGAAGAAGGCUUCGACGAUGGCGUGCUGGUGCGGGGUCCUGGUUCCGGCUCUGCUGGGCGCGGGGACCUCGGUGUUGCUGCGAGCGUGAUGUCGGUGCGGACUGCCGGGGCGAGCGACAGUGCCAACACUCCAACAAGGGGAACGAGUGGCUGGAUGAGGUUGAAACCUCGGUAGAUACUGACUCAGAUAAGCAGUUGUGCUGCUGAGAACGCAAAACAAAAAGACGGUCGCUUCUUCCUGGCCCACCCUCCGCUACCCUAACCCAGGAAGAAUGAUGAUGCUCGCGUCAGUUUGUGCGUUGGAUCUGAUCCUAGCCCCUGGAUUCCCUGAUAAGUUAAACAGCACGGGGACGAACAGAGUCGGAGUCGCUUGCAAGAGACGGUUGCCAUCCCGCCUCCCGUCAUGCGU